CGUGGUGCAGUGAGCACCUUUGCCAGUAGCCCCAGCUGAGGGGCCGAUCUGCUAGACUCGCACCAAACUUGUCCGCCCUGGGCUUGGGAUCCUGCACUCAAGGGACUCCUCUGGAGCCUGUGGACUUGGAUCUAUUAGCGCCCCCCUCCCCGCGCCCCGCCUCCCUCUCCUGCCUUUUUUGGGGGAGGAGCUCUCCGAGAUCCGGAGAGUUCCCGAGGGUCACCCGCCGCACUGUGCUCGCUUUUCCGUCUCGCCUUCACCUGGAUAUAAUUUGCGAGCGAAGCUGCCCCCAGGAUGACCACGCUGGCCGGCGCUGUGCCCAGGAUGAUGCGGCCCGGCCCGGGGCAGAAUUACCCACGCAGCGGCUUCCCGCUGGAAGUGUCCACCCCCCUUGGCCAGGGCCGAGUCAACCAGCUCGGAGGAGUAUUUAUCAACGGCAGGCCUCUGCCCAACCACAUCCGCCACAAGAUCGUGGAGAUGGCCCACCACGGCAUUCGGCCUUGCGUCAUUUCUCGCCAGCUUCGCGUGUCCCACGGUUGCGUCUCUAAGAUCCUGUGUAGGUACCAGGAGACAGGCUCCAUCCGACCUGGUGCCAUUGGCGGCAGUAAACCCAAGCAGGUGACAACGCCUGACGUGGAGAAGAAAAUUGAGGAAUACAAAAGAGAGAACCCGGGCAUGUUUAGCUGGGAAAUCAGAGACAAAUUACUCAAGGACGCUGUCUGUGAUCGGAACACUGUGCCCUCAGUGAGUUCUAUCAGCCGCAUCCUGAGGAGUAAAUUUGGAAAAGGAGAAGAGGAGGAGGCGGAUCUAGAAAGGAAGGAAGCAGAGGAAAGCGAGAAAAAGGCUAAACACAGCAUCGAUGGCAUCCUGAGUGAGCGAGGUAAGGGGGCCCAGUGGGCCGCGCGCUUAGAUUUGUGGUCUGCGCAACUGCAGACCAGUAGUGGCUCAUCUCAGAGCUCACCUCCGGCUUCGGUCACAGCCACCGCUAUCGGGAAGGACAUUAAAGUGAAAAGCCAGAGAGGGGUACAGACCACCCAGUCCUUGUUGGCUUCGACCUGUCAGCACCAAGAGAAAAAUCUCCCUCUAGGGGAUCGAGAAUUAUAUAGGCUGUUUCCCUAUUACCUGUUUGGAGUCAUCUUUGAACAAAAAAUUUACAAAAAGAAAGAACCCUUUUUCCACCAGGGACUUUCUGAAACGGAAGAGGAGGAAGAUUCAUAG